AUGAUUUCGUCACGCCAUUCGCUGAAGCGCACGCUUCUCCUGUCUACCUUUGCCGCCCUGUUGCUCUUCUCUGCCACUGGUCUUGCGCAAGACAAUGCCAGCGGAGGAGAUGCUCAGACCAGUGCUUCCCAGGCAGAUUCUACGACGGCUGCGCAGCCUGCGCGCGCCACUCCGGCCACCGCCGUCAUCACCAACACUGGUGCCGUUGCGACAACAGAAGAGAGCAUCUCCGCUCCCAGAAUCACUGGAACCUCUGAUUCCACUGGCGAUGUCCUCACGGGUCUGCCGUCCCUCACCAACCAACCUAUCGUGGCGACAUACCCGCCGGCGAGUGUGCCUCCCACCAACAACGCUCCUUAUAUGCACCGCUCGAGUGCCCCUCAAGGAACUGUAUUCAUUGCCGUUGGCUCCAUUCUCGGCGCCUUGGGCCUCGGUAUCCUGAUCUGGCGUGGCAUCAUUGCAUACCUGCUGCACCGCUCCGUCGCCCGGGCCGCUAAUGCCCAGUAUGUCGCCAACGACAAGCAGAGCUUCCCUGCCCCUCCAGCGCAGUUUUACAAGUACACCGACCGCGAAUCGACUCCUUCUCUUGUUCCCAAUGGCGGACGUGGUGUACGUAGAACGCAGCGCGGCCCCAUUCCCUCUGCGACACCGAGCCAGUCGAACCUCUUCUUCUCGCCCACCGCAGCUGGCGGCGGCAACAGCAACAACAAUAAUAACAACUCCGCCAACAACCGCGACUCUCGUUUCCUCCCCUCUGGAUUUUACGCCGCUGCUACCUCGUCUCCCAGUCCUGCUCACGGUCACUCAAUAAGUUUGACGAACCUCCGCCCCGAAUCACGAGGCCAGUACGGAAGCCGCAACAACUUGAGGGAAUCUACGCCUCCCGAAUCCCCCUCGUAUGGCGCAAGACGUGACUUUAGCACUAGCUCCGUCAACUUAUCUGCGGCACCUGGGAAUGGACAAAGAGCUCCAAGUGCCUACCUCGAGGACCUUUUGGACGAGAACCCCAACGCGUUCCCGCCAAGCCAGAUGCGCCCUGGUUCUCGAAAUGCCAACAACUCCCCUGGCGGUCGGUUUUAG